UCAUUCCAUACUAAAAGUAUCAGGACAUCUUCCUAUGAACUUAACCCACAGGCUUAAGUACAAAGGCAGCUAUAAAAACUUCAACUUAUCUGGGAAAGAUUUCCAAAAGGUUUAGGUGUGUAUUUAUGGGAAUUUUUGUGAGGUCAGGUAGAUGUCGGACUAGAAGAUCUGGCUCACUGUCUCUGCUCUAAUUUAACAUCUGAGCUUAAUGAUUUGGAGCCGUGUCCCAAUAGUUUUGGUAACACACUGUUUCUCCACAUGAUUUAAUACUGUCUCUGUUUUAAAAUAAUAAUCUGGGAAUGAAAAUUCCAGUAUUUCACAUUAUGUUCAGUGAAUUCCCCCCAGAUCUAGAAGUGAUUUUAAAUGAACAUGUUUGUACAUUUCCUAGUAGAGAUAUUCAUGUUUAAAUGACAGGACACAACAGUGAAUUUAACCGAGUCCUAACUGGGAGGUCUGUUGCUUGGCUGUAGGUUGGGUGUAGGUUGGCUGGAGGGUCUUCAGUAGCUUGCCUUUUGAGAUUUGUUCCUCCAGAUGUCACUACAUCUUACACACUGAAUCUUAAGUCACUGCACUGUCCCGCCUCCCCUGUAAAGUCCAACUUUCCUCCCUGACUUUGUUCCUCCUCUCUGACUGAGCUGUCUGAUCAUCUUCAGCCUUAAAAAAAACAUCUUUAGGACCCAAAUAAAAGGACCUGACAGCCUGUCCAGGUAAAUUACAGCCAACACGAAUAGUGAAAUAACUCCCUAAUGUUACACCUCUCUCUGUGUCCUCAGAUCAAGCCGUGCGUCUUUGGGAAACCCUCUGGUGGCGGGUUGAUUUGUAUUCUCAUCAUCCAGCAAACAGACAGACAGACGGGCGGAUCGAUGUGUCACGAAGCGCUUCUUCUGCUUCUCCGCUGAUGAGAGAGAGAGAAGGAACUGGAUGAAGAAGGAAGAGGCAGAGGGAGGACUGUCAAGGUGAACCGACUAAUCUUGUUUACUUGCAUCGGAACACGACACGCAGCUUCGGGCGGCGGAGCGCAGCGAGGAGAGACUCUCAGCGGCGGAGGCUCGUCUGUCAGCGGGGAGUAAUCUGCCCGGAGCCGGAGGAGUAUCCACACAUUUCCCAAAGAUGUCACCUUUAAGUGCUUUUACAGUUUUCACUCACAUUUUGAUGGCACGGAAUUUGGGCUGACAGUUAAAUGCGUCACUUCAUCGGGAACAGCGGAGGAAUUAAAGAGCAGCUUGAGACUGAGGACUCCCACCGGGAGCUGAGGGGGAGGAAUUUCUGACGGCCUAGACUGACCUCCGACGCUGAAGCUCUGUGGCCCUGAAGAGACCAGCUGCUCGACUUCACGUGGCAGGGUCGUCACUUUUUGGUGCUUCAGAUUGGACAUCGCCAGAGUUCAUCCAUCCCAUCCAGCCUCUUUGGGCAUAUUUUUUCUCUGAUUUCUUGAAUAUAAGACAGUGAUGAUGUAGUUCAGCUUAUGUUUUCAUAUGGUGGAGCCCUUUACCCACUUUAAAUGGAUGUUUGGAGGAACACCAAGGAAGAUCCCGUGGAAUAAUUGUUUCUAAACAACUUUCAUUAAUUGGAAAUUAACUGAAUUUGAUGCUGCUGAUGCUGAAAUACUGUUUAUUUUAACCCUCAGUAUAAAUAAAUGGAACCAGGAUGCUGUUACUGAAUUUCCUUUUUUUACUUUCAGUUUGUUAGAGUUGCCAUUUUUACUGUUAUGAACUGCUGAGUGGAAGAAAGAAAAGAAACUCCCAUUUUUCUGAAGGACUUAAUGGUUUUACCCAACAGAAAUUCACCAGUAUUAAAAUCAAGCUGAUGAUGUGAUUCCUCCCACCUCCCACAGCAGUGCUAUUUUUAAUCUCUGAAUACAAAGAAUGUGCCACAAACUUUGAGAAGAAUUCAAACUUCCAGCUUGCCACCCAUCCUGUCAUCGCCAUGGUGAUGUCACAGGGCACCUACACCUUCCUGGCCUGUUUCGCCGGCUUCUGGUUGAUCUGGGCCGCCAUCGUCAUGCUCUGCUGUUUCUGUAAUUUCCUGCAGCGCAGGUUAAAGCGGCGUCGCGAGGAGCGGCUCAGAGAGCAAUGUCUGCGGACAGUGGAGAUGGAACCCCUCAGCUGCCACCCUGCCGGAUACCCAGCGGUACCGCCGCCUCCACCGCCACAGCUGCCAAGAGAGACGAUGCAGUUUUGCCCUCCUCAGACGCUGUCGCCACCUGUCCCUCUGCCAGUACCUCAUCCCAUGCCACAAGCAACAUGGGUCACCAUGCCAGACACAGACGUAUCUGGGAAGCCACCUUGUUAUGAAGAGGCGGUCCUGAUGGAGGAUCCUCCUCCACCCUACAGCGAGGUCUUGGCCGACCCACGAGGGGGAACCUACCUGAAGCCAGCCCCACUCCGAGCCGCUCUACCACCUUUGAGGGAAAACCACGACACAGCUCUGGUCUUCACAUCUGAGACCAGCAAGCCUCCCACAGCAACUGUGUUCCCUAAUCGGGGUUACUCCUCCCUGAUUCGCCUGCCUUCGUCUCAGCGCUGGGACUCCUUAGGUCAUCUUCUGUCCAACAUGGAUCUGAACCAUAAUAACCUCACUCCACCAGUGACCCACUCGCUUCAGGCUGCCUCUGUCAUGGCGACGAUGCCCCGCAGAGAGGCCAGGACUCAUGAUGGACUUGGGCUGAGAGGGGGAAUACAAGGGGGAAUACAGGGAUUUCAGCAGGUUCACAGACUCAGGGGUUUGGAGCCCAGCUGUGGCAUGCCGACGGCGUUCCCUUUGCUGGGUCGGAGCACGGCAGUCUAGACCUGGAUCCAAUCAGAGUUUGGAUAUUAGUAAGUUCAAGCAGUGUUUACCACAGAAAAGCUGCUAGAAAGACAUAGGUUGCUCAGUACCUCACAGAGCUGCCGUCAACUCUGAUGAGACAAUGUCUGAGUAAAGGAGGAAACUGAACUGUUUUAAACCGGUGUUCUCUUUCAUUGUGUUAAAGCUAAUUGAGUCAAAGACCUUUUGAACAGCAGACGAGGAAAAAAGAAGCAGAAGUGAGGAGGACGAGCAACAAAUGAACAGCAGGACUCGUUUGGUCUUUAUUUCCACCUCCCCUCUCAUUCAUCCCUCUCUGCUUUCUGUGCCUGAGCAACCUAUUGUACCAACCUGCCGUUGCCAUGGCUCCGGGGAGCUGUCUGUUGCCUACAACGACCUCUCCUCCUUUAUCUGCUCUGAUUUUUUAACACCCUUCCCACAGCUUGUAUCCUCUCAAGGACUGUGAGCAUUAUCACUUAGAGCAGAGCACACGGUGACCUUCAGUGGGACAUAGCCGCCAUGUUUCUGAGACUGAGGUGAAGCCAGUUUUACAAUUACAGCCAAAUCCAUCUGGAAAGUAGAGUGAAAGACAAUAACCAGAAAACCAGGUGAACAUCGAGCUCUUUUUGUAAUUUUCUGCUUUGUUGUUUGUAUUUUUGGUCACAUGAUGCCAGGUCUCUGAUUUGAAAAACAUUAUUCAUAUAUAAACUUAUUGUUAUUCUUUUAAAUUUGAUAUAUUUUUUCUCUCUUGUGAAAUAAAAACAUCUACAGGGAUUCAGCCAGUGAUUCAAACCCUAAGGAUGCUAAACCUGGGAAAAUAAAACGUUUUAUAUAAUUUCUUCUUUAACACUGGCUUGAAAAUUUAUUAUUUUUUUAUUUGGAGAAAGGGGUGAUCCUGACAAAUGGAGUAGUUAGGAAGCAGCUAAAAGGGUUUAGUUACUAUUUUUUAGUCUGUUUUUGCUUGGAGUUCUAAACGUUUGGACCUUUGUCAGUUUCACAUCAAUGAGGUGCAUAAGUUCCUCUCAACUUUUAUUUCAUUAUAAAUAAAGUACCACUUUUCAUUAUGUUGGCAGUGACAAGCAGUGGAAGUGACUUUUUCUUUGAUAAAGAAAUAAUUGCUGCAUGCAUCAGGUGAAGAUUCCCAUCAUGUAUGUUGAUUUUCGGUUGUUUACUGGCUACAAUCCAGGUCUGCGUGUAUGUAUGUGUUACCAUUGGUGAAUUAAGACCUCUACUAAUGAUCUGACACAUUCUCGUAAGUGAAGAAUUUUAGAUUUGUUCAUAAAUAUGACGGGUAAGCCGGUAGGGAAGCCCCAUGAUGGUCUGCCAUCUUGAAACUACAGCCACCGACAAGGGACAAAUAGCACCAAUGUGAGCCAACACGCAGUGACUGAGACACGGGAGGAGAACAUAAACAAGUUGGAAAAUUUGUUAAAUUGUUUUUCACAAAAAUCCAGGACCAUGCAUAUGCAGCAGCAGCACAGAGCCGUAUCACCAUCGCUAAGAAAGCAAAAAAAAGGGACUUAAAAAGCAACGUGACCAGACGAUACAAAAAGGAGGAUCACGCUAGCUAGCAUUCCCCAGGUGGAAGGAGCUCAGGAAGGAGAAAGACUUUAAAAGAGAUGCUCAAGUUGCAGCUUUCUCCUUGACGUUGCUUGUUACCAUGGUUACCAUGGGCAGCAUAACAGUAGUUUCUGCUAAAAUACACAUGCCUCAUUAAUACAGUUUCAGUUGCUUUCAGAGUCGCAGUAAAUUCUGUUCCCCCUGUGAAAACCAUUCUUCCUUCUAAACACAGAAGAAGCAUAUCUGUGGUUCCUGAUGCAGUUUGCAAUAUUUAUGAAAUCACGAACUUCUUUGCCUGAAUGAAUACUUCAUGAACUAUCAGAUGACAUGCUUUUAUUAAUGUUGUCAAGGCUUUUUGAGACACCGCAGCUACUGUUGUUGUAAUACGUGUUUGAGAAAGUGAGGCGCUAAAAUAUGGGAUGGGAAAUGAUAAAAUUUUAUUAAUAUCAAUUCCAUAAUAUUAAUUCUGGCUAUUAAUCUGUUUUUUUUUUGUUUUUUUUUGUUUUUUUUAUCGAUUCCCUUCCAAUUUUUUAAGAAGGAGAAACAAAUACUGUAUCUAAGAUGGAAUUACAGUGUCAAAAAAAAAAUGUCUGUUUAAUAUGUAAAAA